GUGGAUUUUAUGGUCACGAUGAUCUGGAGAAACCGGGACGACGAGGCAGUUUUGCCCUUCGGACGAAGAAACGGUUUAAAGAGACGCAGUAUGGCGCCCUCUUGGGGGGCUGUGCCUUUGGCUGGAGUCGCGAUACUUGCGAAUAAUGGUGCGACUUUUUGGCAUUCUUGUGAGCGUGGUCGUUUUCCUGGCUGGGGCGUGGGCGGCGGACGAUGGGCUGCAGACGGUGGUUACGUGGGAUAACGGCAGCCUCCUUAUCAAUGGUGAACGCAUCAUCAUCAUGAGCGGCGAAUUCCACUACCAGCGCCUACCGGUUCCCGAACUCUGGCUCGAUGUCUUCCAGAAGUUCAAAGCGAAUGGCAUGAAUGCCGUCAGCAUCUACUUCUUCUGGUCCUACCACUCGGCCUCGAAAGGGAAGUACGACUUCACGACUCCCGGUAAGGAUAUCCAGCGCAUGUUCGAUAUGGCGAAAGAGGCGGGGCUGUAUGUGGUUGCGCGGCCGGGACCGUACUGUAAUGCUGAGACGAAUGGUGGCGGUCUUGCGCUGUGGACGAGCGACGGGAGUGGCGGGAAGCUGAGGACUUCGGAUGAGACGUAUCACCAAGCUUGGUCUGAGUGGAUCGAAGAGGUGGGCGCUAUUAUUGCGAAGAAUCAGAUUACCAAUGGCGGCCCUGUCGUCCUGGCGCAAGUCGAGAACGAGCUACAAGAGACGACGUAUGAUGCCAAUAACACCUUAGUGCUGUAUAUGGAACAGCUGAAGGCUGCGUUCCGCAGCGCUGGAAUAGUCGUACCUCUGACCCACAACGAGAAGGGCAUGCGGUCGAAGAGCUGGUCGACGGAUUAUAAUAACGUUGGCGGAGCAGUCGAUGUUUACGGCUUGGACAGCUAUCCAGGUGGACUGAGCUGCACGAACCCUGAUUCUGGAUUCAACCUCCCAAGAACAUACUAUCAAUGGUUCCAAGAGGUCUCUUACACUCAGCCUGAGUAUAUACCAGAGUUCGAAGGAGGUUGGUUCCAGCCCUGGGGCGGGUACUUCUAUGAUCAGUGCCUAGCCGAGCAAAGCCCGGAGUUCGCCGACGUCUUCUACAAGGGUGUCGUCGCACAGAGGGUGACGUUGCUCAAUCUGUACAUGGCGUUUGGGGGAACGAAUUGGGGCCAUAGCGCUGCGCCAGUGGUCUACACCUCGUACGACUACGCCUCUCCACUGAGGGAAACGCGCGAAGUCCGGGACAAACUCAAGCAAUAUAAGCUUCUAGCACUGUUUACGCGUGUAAGCACAGGCCUCCAGAACACCUUCAUGGAAAGCAAUGGUUCCGGGAACGCUGUAGACAAUCCCGCUAUCUGGACGUGGGUAUUGAAGAAUCGCGAUUCAGAUGCGAGAUUCUACCUCGCCGAGAACAACAAGACUAGCACGAGGGUUGUAACUGAUUUCGCAAUGACGGUCGAGACGUCCGCGGGAAGCAUCAUGAUUCCGAACCUCCAGCUGAGCGGCAGACAAAGCAGAUGGGUUGCCACUGACUACGCCAUCGGAAACGAGACCUUGCUGUAUUCUUCGGCUGAGAUCCUCACUUAUGGAGUGUUUGAUCGUCCAGUGGUAGUUUUAUAUCUCAAGGAAGGUCAGAACGGAGAGUUCGCAUUCAAGAGCUCACAGCAAAAUAUCACCUACGAGACUUAUGGCGCAGACGCAGGCAUCAAAGACAGCGCGGUUGGAAAUUCAACCAAGUAUACCAAGUUCAUGUAUACCCAGAGCCAAGGAGCCACGACUGUACUUUUCUCCAAUGAAGUCCUAGCAUACCUUCUCGACGUCCCUUCCGCCUGGACAUUCUUCGCUCCUCCGACUACGUCGAAUCCUUCCGUUGCGGCAGACCAGCAGGUAUUCGUGCUCGGGCCGUACCUAGUCCGCUCGGUCAAUGUCGCGGGUGAUGUAGUAUCCGUCGUCGGUGACAAUGCGAACUCGACAGCGAUCGAAGUCUACGCUAGGCAGUCGGUGCGAACAAUCUCAUGGAACGGGGUGAAACUCCCCACACAAGCUUCCCCCUACGGGUCCCUCACGGCAAAGAUUCCUGGAGCCGAACGCCGCCUAAUUACCCUCCCCGGUCUUGCCGGCUUCAGAGCCGCGGACUCUCUUCCGGAACUGUCGCCUUCGUACGAUGAUACUAAGUGGAGCAUCGCGAACAAGACCACCACCAUCAGCCCGGUGAAACCACUCACCCCCCCUGUUCUCUUCAGCAGUGACUACGGGUACUACGUUGGGGCCAAGAUCUAUCGCGGGUACUUCUCUGGACGGAGUGCUACUGGGCUAAACAUAACUGUGCAGGGAGGGCUGGCGGCAGGAUGGAACGCAUGGCUAAACGGAAAGCCAAUUGGAUACAGCCCUGGAAAUGCCUCGCUCACAUCUACCACCGCCUUGCUUUCUUUCGAGAAUGUCACAUUGAAAGACGAGGGCAAUGUGCUCACAGUAGUGACGGACUACAAUGGACACGACGAGACUUCCACGGGACCAGCUGGCGUAGAGAAUCCUCGCGGCAUUCUUGGGGUCCAGCUACUCAGUGCGAGCAACAGCUCAAUAAAGUUCGAUACGUGGAGAAUCCAAGGCAAUGCGGGAGGCGAGAGUAACAUCGACCCGGUACGCGGACCUAUGAACGAAGGCGGUCUGUACGGGGAAAGACUGGGAUGGCACUUACCCGGCUUUGGCACCACAAACUGGGAGAAGGCGAGCCCCGUUGAUAAGGGUGUGCAGGGCCCAGGCAUCAGAUGGUUCAGCACUACGUUUGACCUGGACAUCGAUGAAGACCUCGAUGUCCCGCUUGGUGUCGAGCUGGGCGCAUCGGAGGGCACCAUCGCCAGAGUGUUGCUCUACGUUAACGGAUAUCAAUAUGGCAAAUUUCUCCCUCACAUCGGCCCGCAGACGCGCUUCCCUAUCCCGCCCGGUAUCAUUAACAUGCGCGGCUCAAACGCGCUCAGCAUCGCGAUCUGGGCACAAACCGACGCGGGCGCGAAGCUGAAUACCCUAAGGCUGGUCGAGUAUGCGCAGUAUCAGAGCGGAUUCGGGUUUGGGAAGAUUGAUGGGAAAGCCCUGCAACCUAGGUGGAAGGAUAGGGGCGAGUACGCAUGAAGGACGACGUAAGAAGAGGGUGCAUCGCGCGUGCGCUUUUCUCCGUUGUACGUCAGCCAAACGAAUCGAACAGUGCGACAGACACAUCGUUUGCUUCGAUCAGACCUCUCGGCGGCCUGCCAUUCACAAUGCGACUUCCUUGCUCUUCGAAUGUCGGGGCAUUGGUCGUGUCAGCACGUCAUCCACAAGCUACACUUUGCCGUUCGCGUGCAGCAUAAAAGGAUCAGAUAUACCUCGCCCGGGCA